CAACUCUACAAAGGGCUGUUGUCGCCCGUUUAGUUUAAUCUUCCUUCUUUUUACCCUUCCCUUCUUCCUUCACACACGCCAUUGCCCACCAUGAGUUCCCUACGGUUCCUCGAUCUCGUCAAGCCCUUCGUGCCGUUCCUCCCCGAGGUUCAGCAGCCCGAGACCAAGAUCCCCUUCAACCAAAAGUUGAUGUGGACGGGCUUGACCCUGCUCAUCUUCUUGGUCAUGAGCCAGAUGCCCCUCUACGGCAUUGUCUCGUCCGACACGUCCGAUCCGCUAUACUGGCUGCGUAUGAUGAUGGCGAGUAACAGAGGUACCCUGAUGGAGCUCGGUAUCACCCCCAUCAUCUCCUCCGGCAUGGUCUUCCAGCUCCUGGCCGGCACCCACAUGAUCGACGUCAACCUCGACCUCAAGGCCGACCGCGAGCUCUACCAGACGGCCCAGAAGCUGUUCGCUGUCAUUCUCUCCAUCGGCACCGCCACUGUCUACGUCUUCACCGGUCUCUAUGGCCCUCCCAGCGACCUCGGUGCCGGUAUCGUCUUCCUCCUCAUCCUCCAGCUCGUCGUUGCCGGCAUGAUUGUCAUUCUCCUCGAUGAGCUCCUCCAGAAGGGCUAUGGCCUCGGCAGCGGUAUCUCGCUGUUCAUUGCCACCAACAUCUGCGAGUCCAUCAUGUGGAAGGCCUUCUCCCCCACCUCCAUCAACACCGGCCGUGGCCCCGAGUACGAGGGUGCCGUCAUUGCCCUCUUCCACCUCCUCAUGACCUGGGACAACAAGCAGCGUGCUCUCUACGAGGCUUUCUACCGCCAGAACCUCCCCAACAUCAUGAACCUGCUCGCCACCCUCGUCGUCUUCGCCGCCGUCAUCUACCUCCAGGGCUUCCGCGUCGAGAUCCCCGUCAAGUCUUCGCGCCAGCGUGGUGCUCGCGGCUCUUACCCCAUCCGCCUCUUCUACACCUCCAACAUGCCCAUCAUGCUGCAGUCCGCUCUCUCCUCCAACGUCUUCCUGAUCAGCCAGAUGCUCUACUCUCGCUUCUCCGAGAACCUUCUGGUCCGUCUUUUCGGCGUCUGGGAGGCCAAGGAGGGCACUGCCCAGCUCUCUGCCGUUUCCGGUCUUGUCUACUACAUGAGCCCCCCUCUCAACUUCAAGGACGCUCUCCUCGACCCCAUCCACACCGCCGUCUACAUCGCCUACAUGCUCACUGCCUGCGCCGUCUUCUCCAAGACCUGGAUUGAGGUUUCCGGCUCCAGCCCCCGCGAUGUCGCCAAGCAGCUCAAGGACCAGGGUCUCGUCAUGGCCGGCCACCGCGAGCAGAGCAUGUACAAGGAGCUCAAGCGUAUCAUCCCCACUGCUGCCGCUUUCGGUGGUGCCUGCAUUGGUGCUCUCUCUGUUGCCAGCGACCUCAUGGGCGCUCUCGGCUCCGGUACCGGUACUCUCUUGGCUGUCACUAUCAUCUACGGCUACUUCGAAAUUGCCGCCAAGGAGGGUGAUCUUCAGGGCAUGAAGGGUAUGAUCAUGGGUUAAGAGAUCCAGAUCUAUGCCUUGGUGUCAUAUCAAGAGGUAUCGAAGACCUCGAAUCAGGUCAGCCAUGAUGACGAAGGCAAUCCUUGAUACGGGUUUGCUGGGCUGGCUACCUGGUGGUACUAUAUGUGGAAUAUAAUGAGUGGAAAGAAAUCAAGAUAAACCUAUGUCGUGUU